AUGGGUUCCUUCUGGGCCGGCAUUACCCUGCUGGGUUUGAGCCUACAGCCAGCGCUGGCUCUCUGCCCAUAUGCGGCGGAGAUGGGUGCAGACGCUAAACAGACAUCCAUGCCACAUUCCCCUCAUCCUCAUGAACUCCGAGAUGCACCCACGACAAAUGGCAAGAAGGGUGUUUUCUAUAUGAACCGCAUUACUCCCGGCACGUCUGAGCUCUAUAUCGCCAACGUCGAUGGGUCCAACGAGCGCCCUCUCUUAUCGAACCCUGUCUAUGAAUACCACGCCACCUUUUCCCCGGAUGGAAAAUGGAUUACUUUCACUAGCGAGCGGGAAGGUGACGGCAAUUCGGAUAUCUAUCGUGUUAGGACGAAUGGUUCUGAUCUGGAGGAAUUGGUCUCAACACCCGCAGUGGAAGACUCGGUGGUCAUGUCUCCUAACGGAAAAUACGUUGCUUAUGUGUCCACAAGCAACGGAUACAAAGCGAACAUAUGGGUGAUGAAUCUGAAGAGCGGCAAGAAAUGGAACUUGACUGAUACCGCCUCAACUGCUGCCAAUGCGUCUUUGCCGAAUGGUUACUUCCGUCCGUCGUGGUCGCCUGAUGGCGAGUGGCUUGCUUUCUCGUCUGAUCGCAAUUCCGGAUGGUAUGGACACGGUGAUCCGACUUUCUUGGGUCUGAGCGGCUGGGAACAUACACAGGAAUUGUCCAUCUAUGCUAUCCGGCCUAAUGGCUCGGAUUUCCGGCAGAUUGCUACAAAGAGUGGCUGGUCUUUAGGUUCCCCAAAUUGGUCGCCAGAUGGUAAGAGAAUCAUCUUUUACGAGAUGACCCGCGAGAACACCUGGAACUCGCAUCGUCCCGAGUCUAUCGACUCGGCAAAUUCGACCUUGGUUUCCGUCGACUUUGCAACUGGCAAAAACCGCCGGGUUGAGGUGCAAGGUGCUGGCGUGAAGGUCUUCCCUCAAUAUCUGACCGAAGAUAAUAUUGCCUACUUCUACAAAGGGGGUACCAAAGAGGGAUUCCAUACCACAAGCGGCGCAUACGUGAACACGUCCAGCGCAACCAUCCGCUCCCCUUCAUGGUCGCCGGAUGGAAAGCAAGUCGUCUAUGAAAAGACCACCUGGACCAUUCGCCCUAUGGCUAAGAAGCUGUGGAGCUGGGAUUCUGACUGGGAUUAUCGCUUCACUGAUGUAUUUCCCCAGCUAUCCAACCAGAACAUGCUCGCCAUCACUCAGAAGCAACUCGGAAACUCGUCUAUUGUCUCCAUGAACGCCAAUGCAAGCAACGAGCAUGUGGUGUAUAAUGAUUUAAAGAGCGGUUUCCUGAGCUCGUCAAUGGUUUCUCAAGGACUUGCCGGGGCUUUCCAGCCCUCGUGGUCCACUGAUGGCGAGUGGUUGACUUUCGGAGUGGGCUUUUGGUUCCAGAGCCGCGCUGAGGGUGGUGGCUGGUUGGUUCGAGCUACAGCGAAUGGCUCGUACUCUGAGGUCUUGACGGAAAGCAAGUCAACCCUCACAACCAACAGCUCCAUCAUCAACUCCGGGUUCCCUAGCUUCUCCCACGACGGGAAGAAGAUUGUCUACCGAGUAUGGGGUACCAAUUCCACACAAGGCGACAAGUCCCAGCUCGGCCUCCGUAUGCUAGAUCUGGAGACCCGAAAAAUCACCGUCUUGACAACGGAGUGGGAUAACCUGCCAUUCUUCUCGCCAGAUGGUAGUCGCAUUGUCUUCACCCGCAAGACAAGCGCCACAAAUUACGACGUCUGCACGAUGAAGCCCGAUGGCACCGAUAUCAAGGUGCUGACCAGCAGUGGGGCAAAUGAUGCCCAUGCCGUUUGGACCCAUGAUGGACGGAUCAUGUACUCUUCCGGCAUGUUCGGUUUCCAAUAUGAGUGUGCCUUGUACGAUCAGACUUUCCAGCCCUAUGGGCAAAUCGUCAUUAUGGAUGCGGAUGGAUCUAACAAGCGGGUGCUGACCAACUCAAUUUGGGAGGACUCCAUGCCCUUGUUCGUGCCGAAUUCUGCGCUGUAG